CUUUCUUUUUUUAACUCUUUGUUAUUUCAUCAUGACACAACCUACUCGUUGUUUGGAGUUUUUUAGUGGCAUUGGUGGUUUGCACUAUGCACUUAAGAUCGCCGAGAUCAAUGCUGACGUCGUGGGUGCUUUUGAUAUCAACGUAGUAGCUAACAAAGUCUAUUCCCAUAACUUCCAUAUCACGCCUUCUAAAAAAUUGAUUGAUCGACUGACUGUGAAUGAUAUUGAAAAAUACAAGGCGGAUUGUUGGCUAUUGAGUCCACCUUGUCAACCUUAUACUCAAGGUGGCAAUAGAAAAGAUAUGGAGGAUGCUCGAUCACAAGGACUUUUGCAUCUGAUUGAUCUCUUACCUCAAUUGACUACGAUCCCUACUUUUAUUUUCUUGGAAAAUGUCAAGAAUUUCGAGAUUUCUCAAUCAAGAGAAAAACUCGUACGUCAACUAGACGAACUAGGCUAUGAAAUCAAUGAAUGUUUAUUGACUCCCUUGCAAUUCGGGAUUCCUAAUCAUAGAAUGAGAUAUUAUCUAACAGCCCAUAGAAAGAGCGACAGAGAACCCGCAGACUAUCUCAAAAACAACACUAUUCACACCAGUUGGCCUUUUACAGGACAACCUGCUGAAUUUACGAUACCUGAGUUAUCUUGGUUUUUAGAGACGGAUAAUCCAGAUGUUACUAAAAAGACACUUGUUCCCCACCAAUACAUUACCAAGCUCUACAAGUUUCGUUUAGAUAUCGUACGACCCUCUGAUAAAACGACAACUUGUGUGACCAAGGCGUAUGGAUCUCAUCAUCUUCAAACAAGUGGAUCUCUUGUUCAAACAAGACAUUUAGAUUCUACAGACUAUAAUUUUGACGACAUGUCUUCCUUAUUGACUUUUGGGCUGCGCUUUCUUUCCCCUACAGAAAUUGCCCGUUUACAUGCUUUCCCAAUUGAGCCUUAUCAGUUGAACAAGACCAAGAAUGAAACAACAAAUUCUUCUGCACAACCUUUCUAUCCUCCACAAUGUUUGCCUCGUCUUGUCUUUCCUGAUGAUGUGACACAAAAGCAACAAUACCGCCUUCUUGGUAAUAGUCUUAACUGUUGGGUUGUUGCUGAAUUGUACCGUUGUGUGUUGUUUAACCCUCCAAAGUAGAAAAAACAUUCCAGAUUAAAGAAAACAAAGUUUAUGAAUAUAAGGAAUUGUAAAUCGUAAAGAUUUAACGAACUUUAACUCUAUCUUCUCAAGAAUGCUUCCAAAACAUAUAAAAGACAUAGAGAUGGGAUCAAAAAUAAAAAGAAAAAUUUAUUAUACA